AUGGCAGGUGGUCAGGCGGAACAAAUUAUUGCAUAUGCAUUUCUGAAAAUUUAUAAAAUAUUUGUGCAUUGUAUUUUUUCAGCUCUGAUGCUCAAGAUAUUAUCUGUGAUCUAUAAGAUGGUACAGACUAAUACUUAUGCAACUAAAAGAGAUAUAUAUUAUUCAGAUACACUACUGUUUGGUAGCCAAAGUGUUGUGGACAAUAUAAUCAAUGACAUUUCUUGCAUGCUUAAGAUACCUCGGAGAAGUCUACAUAUACUGUCUACAACUAAAGGUUUUGUUGCUGGAAAUUUAAGUUACACUGAGGAAGAUGGUACAAAAGUGAAUUGUACCUGCAGUGCAACAGCAGUCACUGUACCAUCUAAUGUUCAAGGAAUUAAAAAUUUAAUCUCACACGCCAAAUUUAUGUUAAUUGUAGAAAAAGAUGCAACUUUUCAGAGACUUCUGGAUGAUGACUUCUGCAAUAAAUCGUCCCCAUGUAUAAUGAUUACGGGAAGAGGCGUACCAGAUCUUAAUACACGACUUUUGGUCAGAAAGCUGUGGGAUUCUUUUCAAAUUCCUGUUUUCACCCUCAUGGAUGCAGAUCCACAUGGUGUAGAAAUAAUGUGUAUCUACAAAUAUGGAUCUGUGUCAAUGUCUUUUGAGGCCCACCGUCUCACCGUUCCAUCUAUAAAGUGGCUUGGUCUCCUUCCAUCUGAUCUUGAGAGAUUGCAUAUACACAAAGAUGUCUUGAUUCCAUUUACAAAGCAAGAUCAAAAUAAGUUAGCAAGUAUACAGAAGAGACCUUACAUUGCUUGUCAGCCAAUGUGGAAAAAAGAACUGGAAAUCAUGGCAGCAUCUAAACUGAAGGCUGAAAUUCAAGUUUUAACUUCUCUUUCAUCAGAUUACCUUUCCAGAGUCUAUUUACCAAACAAACUACAAUUUGGUGGAUGGCUAUGAAUGCUUGUUGCAAAUGAAAUGUUUUUUCUCGAUACUGAUUUGUUGACUGCUGUUAUAAAAAGACGCAUAGAGACAGGAGCAUGCUUCAGCUUCUUGUUAGGUUUCUUUAUCACUGUAUCUAGAUUAUCAUCAUCUCUUUUUCCUCUUUCAAACCAUAAGAGAAACUACAAUUAUUUUAUAGAAUAGUUGCUUCCAUUGUGUGGCUUCUGAAGUGUAACAAUGCCAAAUGCAGUGGUACGUACGUAAAAAGAUAAUGAACUAUGUUCUUUCUGGUCAGAAAAUAGGAAGUUCAAAAAUCUAUCGAGGAAUUGCUUUGCCUUCUGUUUUAAAGCACAAGAUGAUGCUGUACCAACCUUUUUAUUUUUGAAGAGAGUAAUACUGUUAAUUUAUCACACGUGCCUCCUUUUGGAAAUUAAGUACAGCAUUGUGGCAUUUUGUGUUUGUUGUGAAUUCAGACUGAAAAGUCAGAGAUAAUGCUCCAUUACUGCCUAUCUCCAGCAGCUAUGAACAUUCCAGCAACCAAAUUACUAGUUGUCUUCAAUGAACAAUUGAGCAGAUGUUACUAAUUGAGAAUUUAAUAAACAAUCCUGUUAAUGAUGCCCAUGA